AUAAGUCGACACCCGUACCAGGUACUGUCACCUGUUGGCAUUGUUGGAGCAGACGUUCGCGCUCCUUGUAGCCCGUACAUCGGCUAUACAAUCCCCGGGACAAUACAUCUGUUCCGCAAAUCACAGAGAUCAUUGGUUGGAAAGUUAACACAUGAGUUUAGGCUGGUUGCAGCAGAUAGGAGGUCCUGGAAGAUCUUGUUGUUUGGUGCUAUAAAUUUAAUAUGUAUUGGCUUCCUGCUAAUGUGGUGCAGCUCUACAAACAGCAUAGCUUUAACUGCUUACACAUAUUUGACAAUCUUUGACCUUUUCAGUUUGAUAACAUGUCUAAUAAGCUACUGGGUAAUGAUGAAGAAACCCAGUCCAGUCUAUUCGUUUGGGUUUGAAAGGUUUGAAGUUCUAGCCGUAUUUGCAUCUACAGUUCUGGCACAGCUUGGUGCUCUUUUUAUACUGAAAGAAAGCGCAGAGCGGUUUCUGGAACAACCCGAGAUACACACGGGGCGACUGCUGGUUGGUACUUUCGUGGCUCUCUUUUUCAACUUAUUUACAAUGCUUUCCAUUAGGAAUAAGCCUUUUGCUUAUGUCUCUGAAGCUGCCAGCACAAGUUGGCUUCAGGAACAUGUUGCAGAUCUUAGUAGAAGUAUUUGUGGGAUCAUCCCAGGAUUAAGUAGCAUCUUUCUGCCACGAAUGAACCCUUUUGUCUUGAUUGAUAUUGCUGGAGCUCUAGCUCUUUGCAUUACAUAUAUGCUCAUCGAAAUCAACAACUAUUUUGCUGUAGACACAGCCUCUGCUAUAGCAAUUGCUUUGAUGACAUUUGGUACCAUGUAUCCCAUGAGCGUCUACAGUGGGAAAGUACUACUCCAGACAACCCCGCCUCAUGUGAUUGGCCAGCUAGAUAAACUUCUGAGAGAGGUUUCAACUUUGGAUGGUGUCUUGGAAGUUCGAAAUGAGCAUUUCUGGACAUUAGGUUUUGGCACAUUGGCUGGAUCAGUACAUGUCCGAAUUCGGAGAGAUGCAAAUGAACAAAUGGUACUUGCCCAUGUCACUAACAGAUUAUACACAUUGGUCUCUACCUUGACUGUUCAGAUUUUCAAAGAUGACUGGAUCAGACCUACCUUAUCAUCUGUGCCUAUUGCAAACAGUAUUCUGAACAUUUCGGAUCAUCAUAUUAUUCCAAUGCCAUCUUUGAAAGCUGCUGAUAAUUUGAACCCUGUUACAUCCACUCCAGCUAAGCCCAGCAGCCCACCGCCAGAAUUUGCUUUUAAUACACCAGGCAAAAAUGUGAGUCCAGUCAUCCUUUUGAACACUCAGACAAAGCCCUAUGGAUUGGGCUUAAAUCAUGGAUCCGCACCCUACAGCAGUGUACUCAACCAAGGACUUGGAAUACCAGGAAUGGGAGCAACUCAAGGAUUCAGAACUGGUUUUACAAAUGUCCCAAGCAGAUAUGGAACCAACGCUCGUGGUCAACCCCGACCAUAAUAAACACCAUUAUUUAUUGUACUUAAGGGUAUUGACUUAAUUCUUUUAUUACCCAAUUUUUAUAAACAUUUGGAAUGUCAGAUCAUUCUAAAUGGCUGGGAACAAGUGCAUUGUUCAUAUUCAUGAAAUGGUUAAACUGCAUCAGCAGUAGCCUGUGUAAUGUCACAAAUAUUUUCCAGACUUAGGAUACUUUACAGGUAGCUUUUAUAGAGUGUCCAUUUCUGUUCAGCUGUUUAUUCACUUUUCAUUAU